UCCGGAUAAGCCCUCCCACCGCCUAACUUUUCCUCUUUCCCCUUCUAGGGUUAGGGUUUCUUCGAGAUAUACGAUCCUUGCGUCGCCAAACUCUUCUCGAUCUCUUCUUCCCCGCUCGCCGAUCAUGGAGAUGGAGUGCCUGACAGAGUUUCCCCACACUCAUAUGGAUCGGCGCCCCAGGAAACGCCCGAGGUUGGGCUGGGACGUCGUGCAGACCCCAAAGGCUCAGAUAGGAAUGUUAUGUGGGCAAGAAGUUGGAGAUGUGACCAGCUUGAUAUCUUGGAGGGCACCAUCAGACCAUACUUCUUCUUCUCUGUAUUCGAAGGGAGUGGCUCGAAAUGCUUCCCCUCCUCGGAGAGAAGAUGAUAAAGAUGGGCAUUACAUGUUUGCGCUUGGAGAGAAUUUGACCUCUCGCUAUAAAAUCUACAGCAAAAUGGGUGAAGGUACCUUUGGUCAGGUUUUGGAAUGUUGGGAUAGAGAAAAGAAAGAAAUGGUAGCAAUAAAAAUUGUCCGUGCCAUCAAGAAAUAUCGGGAGGCUGCAAUGAUAGAGAUUGAUGUGCUCCAACAGCUUGGCAGACAUGAUAGGGGUGGUAACCGUUGUGUGCAAAUACGGAACUGGUUUGACUAUCGUAACCAUAUUUGUAUUGUAUUUGAGAAGCUUGGGCCAAGCUUAUAUGAUUUUCUACGGAAAAAUGGUUAUCGCCCAUUUCCCAUUGAUCUAGUUCGGGAGCUUGCCAGACAACUGUUGGAAUCUGUUGCAUUUAUGCAUGACUUAAACCUCAUUCACACUGAUUUGAAGCCCGAGAACAUUCUUCUUGUUUCAUCAGAGCACAUCAAAGUGCCUGAUGGUUCAUGCUCCAAGAGAUUGCCUAAGUCAAGUGCUAUCAAGUUAAUUGAUUUUGGAAGCACUAUUUAUGAUCACCAUGAUCAUAGCUACAUAGUAUCAACAAGGCAUUAUAGGGCUCCUGAGGUUAUUCUUGGACUUGGAUGGAGUUAUCCAUGUGAUAUAUGGAGUGUAGGCUGUAUUCUAGUGGAACUUUGCUCGGGUGAGGCACUUUUUCAGACCCACGAGAAUUUCGAACAUCUGGCCAUGAUGGAGAGAGUAUUAGGUCCUCUGCCCCAGCAUAUGCUGAAAAGAGCUGACCGACAUGCUGAGAAAUAUAUCAAAAGAUCUCGGUUGAAUUGGCCGGAGGCUGCCACCUCCAGAGAGAGUAUCAGAGCUGUUCAGAAGCUGCCUCGCCUUCAGAACUUGGUGAUGCAGCAUGUCGAUCACUCGGCAGGCGAUCUCAUUGAUCUCUUGCAAGGUCUCCUCAGGUACGACCCCUCCGAUAGACUGUCGGCUCAUGAAUCCCUCAGGCACCCAUUCUUUACGAGAGACUUUCAUCGGAGGUCAUAGGCAGGUUUCUUGAGCCCUCGGGCGCCCAUUUUUCCACCAAAGGGGAAAAAAAAAGAAAGAAAAAAUCGGCGGAUGGGAUAUUAACCUGCUUUCAAGGUACAUACAGUCUACUGUUUGCAGCUUCCGAGGGACUGGAAACUGGUAUUGUUGGUGAUCUAGGUGCAAGGGUUCUAGAGCUGUCAACCUAACUGAUGUGUAACACCAUACAAAUGUAAAUUUGGAUGUUUGUUCUGUAGUUUUGUUAAAAAAAACUAUGUCAAGUUCGAGGUGAACAACAUUGUAGAUUUUGAGGGUGAAUAUUUAAUGUGUUCAAAACAUGCUCGGCCGGCCUUUUAAUGUGUGAAUGUUUAACUUGCUUAAGAUGGCUUUUAAUUG